AAACACACACUCACAAUUAAAAAUACCCUACUCCUCCCCCAGAAUUCUGGGCCUUGAUUUUGCUUUAAACAACCAGUGGCUUAUUGAAUUAGAGGAAGCUGACUUUUCUUCCUCAGGAAACUUGCAGAGGAAACAAAGGGAUUUGGAGAGCCCAUUUUUCGACAGACUUCCAAAGUAAGACAGAGUAGAACUCGGUCUGUUCUGCUCCAGAAGUACUGUACUGGUGCUGUGGUGGACGAUAAGGUCUGGUUUUGGUUGGUGGUCCGGUUCCUCCCUUGAUCCUGAGACGAAAGGGGAUGGAUACCUUUCUGACCUCAUUUGGACUGAUGCUCAUGUGUGGUCUGUGCACAGCCCAGAAACUCUCUCCAACAGGGAAGAAUGUCUGCCUCAAUACCAGGAAUUCUCCCACAUGUUGUUCUGGAUGGGGCCAGCAUGGUGAUGAAUGCACUGUUCGUGAGUAUCAAUCGCUCUGUGAGGGGGAUAGGGCCUGUCUGCAGGAUGAAGUGUGUGUUUAUCCUGGACUUUGUAGAUGCAAAGCUGGAUUUUAUGGGUACCAGUGCAAAACUCGUUGCCCUCCUGAAUUUUGGGGGCCCGAUUGCCAUGAGCUCUGCCCCUGCCACCCUGGUGGUGUUUGUGACCCAGCCACGGGCAAGUGCUCAUGUCUGCCUAGCCACUGGGGCAACCUUUGCCAAAACAGCUGCAAAUGUGGACGUCAUGGCAAAUGUGACCCGGUCUAUGGCAACUGCACUUGUGAGGAGGGAUGGUGGACAUCCACAUGUUCCAAGGCCUGUCAGUGCUAUCCUGGCACAUCUACCUGUGAUCAAGCCACCGGACGCUGCUUUUGUAAUAAGGGCUUCUGGGGCCAAAAGUGCAGCUUACGUUGCAGCUGCUAUUUGUCCCCUUGCCAGCAGCACACAGGGGCCUGUCAGUGCCUGCAUGGCUGGUGGGGUCCGUCCUGCGACCGCCGUUGCAACUGUAAUUUGAGCCAUGCCGAAUGUGACCCAUUAACUGGAGUCUGUUUGUGCCACCCGGGUUACAAGUGGCCUUUAUGCCACGAGCCCUGCAGCAGUGGAAAUUACGGGAGCGGCUGUAAGAAGAGAUGUGGACACUGUCAGAGUGGCAGACCUUGCUCUAUACAGGACGGCCUGUGUGAUGCCUGUGCACCAGGGUGGAAUGGCACUCACUGUGACCAGCGCUGUCAAGAAGGUUUUUAUGGUCAUCAUUGCCAGGAGGUCUGCCCACGCUGCAGAAACAAGGACCCGUGUGACCUUGAAACUGGAGCGUGCUUACAUUGUGAUCCUGGCUGGACAGGACCAAGAUGUGACAAACCCUGUACAGAUGGCACUUAUGGAGAUGGCUGUCGCUUCCUGUGUAAAACCUGCUAUCACGGCCACUGUGAUCAUGUGACAGGAAGUUGUAUUUGUCUCCCUGGCUUCCAGGGUGAGAGCUGUAACAGCUCAUGUCCUGUUCAGUUGUAUGGUGUUAACUGCUCUUCUAUAUGUGACUGUGGGAAUCACGCCUGCCAUCCCACCACAGGGGCUUGCCCAAACAGUAGCAGGGCAGGUCUCUUAGUAGGGCUUUUGAUUCCCCUGUUGAUUUUAAUACUUGCCCUGUUGUUCUGCUGCUGCUGUUGCGGAGGUCCAGUUGAAGGAAAGGAAGGAGUGGCGGUUGUGGAUGGAAGCCCUGUAGUCCGCAUGAAGCAUCAUGUUUAUACCGUGCUGGCCAACAUGGGUUCAGCCAUGCCAUGUAUUACUCUUUGGUCAUCUGGUCUGCCCAGAGUUACAGUCUCUCAUCAUGAUCCUGAGCUCACAUUUAACCACAGCUUCAUUGAACAGCCUUCCUCUGGUUGGGUGACUGAUUCAUUUGAAACAGAUGAUGAAGGAGAAGCAAUCUAUUGUGAGCCUCCUAGGGAAGAUGUCCUCACUGUGGCUGGUGGAGAGCUCCAGGAGCUGAACUCUAAGUGUAACUUCUUCCUUGACCCAUCAAAUUUCAGCAGUGAGGACAUGUCACAAGCUUUUGGUAUCCCCCGUACCUCCAGCAUUGCCAAAUCCAAGCGCCCUUCUGUCUCCUUUGCCGAGGGCACAAAGUUUAGCCCUAAAGAACGCAGAUGCUCAAUCCAAGAUCUGCCCGGCUCUACCCGAAAACCCAAAGCCUGGGGUAUGCUGAUGCUCUCUGCCUUGCAAGGAGGACAGGGGAACCAUAGCGAGGUAGAAUCAAAAAAUGAAGAGAAGAACGAAGUGGAGAAUGCUUCCUCUGAGAAUCAAGGAGCUACCACUUCAACACCACAAGCCUCAGACUCAGAAAAAUAUAGUUCUGGUUCAAAAAGAACUCACCUCACUGUUCCAGUUGGGAGACGACGUACCCUUUCCAACACCAGAAAGAAUGCGCAGCUACAGAGCUCCUCUGAUGGGGACCAAGACACAGAUUCAAAUGCAAAGAAACUGACAACUGUAUAUGUGACUGUGGGUAAGACCCCAAACAUAGUUAAACAAGAGUCCAGCUCAGAGGGACCUGUGCAGGCAAUGCUGCGGAGGCUGGGCAGCCUCCAGAGACAGGAGGCCACCCAGCCCAAAGGCAGGGGGCAGGUGAUUGUCAAGCCCCCAAGGAGGAAAUUAGGAGCACGGGCCAGUGUGUGGGAGCAAGCUGCUGGGUCAGGCCAUGCAGAAGUGGUCAUGAGGAAACCUAGUCGCAGAAAACACAACUCUCUCAGCUCUCCCUGUACAGUGGGGCCAACAGACUUUUCCCUGGACAAUAGCACCCUCAAAAGGCCCCUGUCUUCCAUUUUAAUGAGUGUUCCAGAGAGCGAAGUGCACAGAUCAUUGGUGGAACAAGACGCAGAAACUAUUAGUCAGCCAGGUUGUCCAACAGAGCAUGCAUAUGAGACAGUGGCUCCAUCAGAAGGGAUCUCCACCUCCUCAGAGAUUAUUAUCAAUGAGACAGUUGUGGAACAAGUGGAAAAUGAGGCAAAUUAUGAGAAUGUUUAUGUAAAAGAUGUUUAUGUACAUUCAUAAUCCCUGAAUCUCAGAGUUAAGAAUUACAGAGAGAUCAACAGUGGGAACCAAAAGUCAUAAAUCUGGAAUUCAAAAUGUUAUGGGAUAUAGCCAACUCCUAUAUUGCAGAUAUGCUGUCUGAAGCAGACCUGUUAAACGAUUCAUAGUAUCCAAUAUCAGAAACCCAAUCAAAUUCUCAAAGAAUGGAUGGUGAAAAAAUAACACACUUGUGCUUUCAUCUUUACAUUGGCAGAUCAACCACCCACACGAAGGACAGAAUGAGCCAGUGAUGGCUCCAGGACAUCCAAUCUAUAAAAUAAAAUAAAAAUGUGAGGCGACGGCCAACUUACCAGUGCACAAAUGACGUGGACUGAAACGCCCCUAAACAGCACUUACAGUAUGGGGUAGCCAUGCCACAAUGAAAAUCUGGAAUUCAAAAUUUUAAACAAAGUAAUGGCAUAAAAUGAAUAAAAAUAUUUCAAAUUUUGCAAAAAUUCUAGGUCGCUAAUCAAAUAAGAAAAUUUGUGACACUGACUGUUAACGUCUUUGUACGAAAGGUCAGAUUUCCUUGCUUCCAUUGAAGCACACAGGAAUCAUGACAUAAAAUGGUUCAUCAGGUUUUGCACAAAAUUGUUGAGUCCAUGUCAGCUCUAGUGCUUGAAGUCAUUAAAGUCGAAAGAGGACAUACCAAAUAAUACUCAAAUUCGUGUCAAUUUUAGCAUUCAACUUUUCAUCCAAAUUGUUAAGUGGAUAUUUGUAUAAAAAUAGUAUAUGCAAAAUAGAAGUAUUUUCACUAGUGGUCUCAGAUUUUUCAACUCUACUUAAUUUCCCUUUUAGGUUGUACUGAGUCUAAGUUUUGCAACUGCAUGAACAGAAAAUGGACAAGCAUUUUAGGGAUACAUUUAUUUAUAUAUUCCCAUUAUGGUUUCCAUUAAAUUGUUACUUUUUCAUUUAAUAAAGAAAUUACUUAUUAGUUUAAUGUUUUCUUUUAAAAGCAUUACAUUUGAAACUUUUCUCUAAAUGUUUUCAAGUAGAUCUAGCUGCAGGCCGGGGAACUCCAAAUGGAGGAGGAAUCUCCAAAAUGGAAUGGAGUUACUCCAGAAGGGGGCGUUGUUACUCCAAAAGGGGGUUGGACCAACCCCAAAAGGGGGUGUCACUUUACUCAUAGUGGAGGUUAGGGAAAGGGUUAGGUAAGGGGCUCCCUAUAUCUCUCGUGGCGGUUUGGAUCUUCCACCCCUUUUUGGAGCAAUGCCUGCAGCUACAGUAUAUCCUUCUCAAUAUUUUAGCUAAAUGUUGCACUAAAACCCCAAAAGUAAGCAAAGGAUAAAAUCUGACCAAGAACAUGAACUCCACAAUGAUGAAAUUACGCAAAUAACACAAAAUGUAUCCUAAAAGUAACCUGAUGGACAGAUACUUACUGCUUCUCCUAGAAGAGUCUUUUCGCUGAAGAUUAAUUUGUUCCUGUGUAAUUGCAUAUCUUGGUGUUUGACAUCUAUUUAUCUUGGAUUAGUCCUUACAUGCAUCAUUACAGUGCAGUUCUUUGCAGCUUGACAUUGAUUACUUGUAAUAUGGGGACAUGUGGAUAUAUUCAAUUACCUGCCAUUGGUAGUAGGUACCAAGCUUUUUGGAGAGAACACAACCACAAUGAACAUAUGAAUCGUGCCAAAACACAGACUGGAAAUGUAUUAGGACAUUGGUUAUUGGCAGCAAAGUAUACUGUGUAAUCAACUGGCAGCGAUUAUAAAGUGAUAAGUGAUAUCUCUGUUGCUUACAAGCGAUACCUGCCAUUGAAUUAGAAACACCCCCUCUUUCCAAAACACUCACUGUAAAAAAAUUGCUGUAAAUUUACGGUCAAAUUCCUACAGCAAUCUACUGUGAUUCUUAAAUAUACACUAUAUUGCCAAAAGUAUUCGCUCACCCAUCCAAAUAAUUGAAUUCAGGUGUUCCAAUCACUUCCAUGGCCACAGGUGUAUAAAAUGAAGCACCUAGGCAUGCAGACUGCUUCUACAAACAUUUGUGAAAGAAUGGGCCACUCUCAGGAGCUCAGUGAAUUCCAGCAUGGUACUGUGAUAGGAUGCCACCUGUGCAACAAAUCCAGUCGUGAAAUGUCCUCGCUACUAAAUAUUCCACAGUCAACUGUCAGUGGUAUUAUAACAAAGUGGAAGCGACUGGAAAUGACAGCAACUCAGCCACGAAGUGGUAGGCCACGUAAAAUGACAGAGCGGGGUCAGCGGAUGCUGAGGCACAUAGUGCGCAGAGGUCGCCAACUUUCUGCAGAGUCAAUCGCUACAGACCUCCAAAGUUCAUGUGGCCUUCAGAUUAGCUCAAGAACAGUGCGUAGAGAGCUUCAUGGAAUGGGUUUCCAUGGCCGAGCAGCUGCAUCCAAGCCAUACAUCACCAAGUGCAAUGCAAAGCGUCGGAUGCAGUGGUGUAAAGCACGCCGCCACUGGACUCUAGAGCAGUGGAGACGCGUUCUCUGGAGUGACGAAUAACGCUUCUCCAUCUGGCAAUCUGAUGGACGAGUCUGAGUUUGGCGGUUGCCAGGAGAACGGUACUUGUCUGACUGCAUUGUGCCAACUGUGAAGUUUGGUGGAGGGGGGAUUAUGAUGUGGGUUUGUUUUUCAGGAGCUGGGCUUGGCCCCUUAGUUCCAGUGAAAGGAACUCUGAAUGCUUCAGCAUACCAAGAGAUUUUGGACAAUUCCAUGCUCCCAACUUUGUGGGAACAGUUUGGGGAUGGCCCCUUCCUGUUCCAACAUGACUGCGCACCAGUGCACAAAGCAAGGUCCAUAAAGACAUGGAUGAGCGAGUUUGGUGUGGAAGAACUUGACUGGCCUGCACAGUGUCCUGACCUCAACCCGAUAGAGCACCUUUGGGAUGAAUUAGAGCGAAGACUGCGAGCCAGGCCUUCUCGUCCAACAUCAGUGUCUGACCUCACAAAUGCGCUUCUGGAAGAAUGGUCAAAAAUUCCCAUAAACACACUCCUAAACCUUGUGGAAAGCCUUCCCAGAAGAGUUGAAGCUGUUAUAGCUGCAAAGGGUGGGCUGACGUCAUAUUAAACCCUAUGGAUUAAGAAUGGGAUGUCACUUAAGUUCAUAUGCGUUUAAAGGCAGAUGAGCGAAUACUUUUGGCAAAAUAGUGUAGUAGUUUGCUGUUAAACAUUUUGCAUUCUGGGAGAUCAAGAGCAGGCUCACUGUGAAGUGACUAGUUUACAGUAAAUAGCUGUUCUGUGCAAGGCAUUAGGGGAAAAUGAACAUUUAAAAUCAUGAUAUCAUCUUGGUGAAAGCUAUAGUGACAUUUUGAAACAUAUGUUUUAACCACCCCCGCCCCCGGACAAUUUUUGUUUGUGGCACAUGGUUAGUGUUCAUGAUGUUUCUGACCAACACCUCUGUUUUUUUAUCAUCUCACAUCAGCCUUCACUUGUCCGUCUAAUGAGAAGUCAAAUAAAUAAAAAAAAAUCAACCUUAGAAGCAAUGUACAUAUUAAAUGUACAAUUUUGCCAGGAUUGAACAGUGUAUUUUUUAUGAAAAAAACAAAACAAAAAAACAACAACAAUCUGUACACAGUAAAAUAACAGUAUAGCACUGCAUUGUGUGUUAUAAUGGUGAAAUACCCAUAAGCCUUUGCGCUUGAAUAAGUAUGUGUGCUUUGGCAAUGCAUUGGGGCUUCAAAAAAAAAAAAAAAAAUCAAAUAAUAAAAACACAUACAAAAUUUUUUCAGACUCAGUAGAGUCUUUGUUUAAUUGGUGUUGUUGUUUUGUUAUCAAUAUUUGUGUUUUGAUUGAAGCACCUUGGACCUUCUUUAUUAUUAUAUUAUGUUCUUCCAACCAGUCAAUUUAUGUUUAAGGUAAACACAAGUUAUUGCACUGUGCUACUUGGAAGACAAAAUCUAAGGUCAGCUUGAAUGUCUGAUCAUACCUGCCUUCGACACGCUAGAUCAUGACAUUCUCUUGAAUAGGCUUGAGAAUUAUGUUGGCAUUUGUGGACUUGCAUUAGCAAGGUUUAGGUCCUAUUUAGCAGACCGCUACCACUUUGUCUAUGUAAAUGAGGAAUUGUCAAACCAAAUAAAAGUAAAUUAUGGAGUGCCAUUGGGAUCAGUUUUAAGGCAUCUGCUUUUCUCCUUGUAUAUGCUUCCCCUGGGAGAUAUUAUCAGGAUUCAUGGAAUAAGUUUCCACUUUUAUGCCGAUGAUACCCAACUUUAUAUUUCUUCAAAACCUGACAAAAUUUCAGAGUGUAUCAAUGAAAUCAAAGAUUGGAUGGCCAGAAAUGUCCUUCUACUCAAUUCCGACAAAACAGAGGUACUAAUUAUUAGACCAAAAAUCUUUAAAAACAAGCCGCUAAAAUAUAAUUUGACUCAAUGAAUGUACUGUUACAUUGUCUUCAACAGCGAAGAACAGCAUUCUUCCACCUAAGAAAUAUUGCUAAAUUAUGACACAUGCCCUCUGUUGCUGAUACCGAAAAAUGAAUUCAUGCGUUCAUGACCUGAAGACUAGAUUAUUGUAAUGCAUUACUGGGAGGAUGUCCAGCAUGAUCAAUAAAUAAACUUCAAUUGGUUCAAAAUGCAGCAGCCAGAGUGCUGACUAGAACCAAGAAAUAUGAUCAUAUUAGCCCCAUUUUAUCGUCGUUACAUUGGCUACCUGUUCAAUUCCGUAUUAAUUUUAAAAUUCUGUUAACUCGUACAAAGCUUUGAAUGGUCUAGAUCCACAGUAAUUAAGUGACCUUCUACCACAUUAUAUUCCAUCACGUUCAUUACGAUCGCAAAAUUCUGGCCUGUUAAUAGUUCCUAGAAUAUCAAAAUCCAUAAAAGGAGGUAGUUCCUUUUCAUAUUUGGUUCCUUAACUAUGGAAUUGUCUCCCUAACACUGCUUGAGAUGCAGACACACUCACUCAGUUUAAGUCUAGACUAAAGACUCGUCUAUUUAGCCAGACAUACACCUAAUUUAUCCUUCAAUUCACAAUGAGGCUGCUUUAGUUAGGUCUCCCGGAACCAGAAACCAAAAAAACAGAUUAUGAUCUAUAACUCUACAAUAAAUUGAAUGGCAUCUAUGCUAAUAUUACUCUAUUUGUUUCUCUGUCUCAACCUUGGGACUCCUAUCCUGAGGUCACCAGAACCAGCUGGAUCCAGCUCCAUUCCUGCUUCAUGUUGUACUCUACUGCUACGUGUCUCUGAGUAAUGAUGACUAAUAGCAGCCAGUGCCAGCCAAACAUCACUUCAGUCUAUUAUGAUGGACUUCAGAGGAUGAACUGAUGCCAACUCCAACCAUAAGACAUGGGAUACUUCAUAUGCCACUACCUGAACCUUGGAUUUAGGAUCGACCUCACCAAAAUGACCUGCCGGUUGAACUGCGAUGCACUUCACUGAUCUCUGCUUGCAUCACCGCGGUCUAAUGAUGGACUACACACUUAUAAUGGAAUACAUAGACUAUCAAUUAAUUUCCAACAAAACCCUUCAUAGGCCAACUAACAAGGACAAUGCAUCUAUGUGAACUUCUGCAGUUAAUCCAGGAUGGACUUCAAAGACUUUAAUCAUUAAUCUUACAGUUAUUACAAAAUAUUUAUUUAAACACUGACCCUUAACACUUACUUAGUUUAAUAAUUUUAAACCAUGACUUGCACUAUACAUAAGUAAUAUUGGCAUUAUAUUCAUGAUGUUAACCAGAGGGGAACUGGCCCCACAGUGAGCCUGGUUUCUCCCAAGGUUAUUUUCUCCAUUAACCAACAUCUUAUGGAGUUUUGUGUUCCUUGCCACAGUCGCCUUUGGCUUGCUCACUGGGGUUAUAAAUAUAAUAAUUAUUUAAUUACUUAUUUUUAAACACAAUUCACAAUCGUAUUUAAUCAAACUACACAAUGAUGACUCUAAGACAGCAUAGAUAUUUCAGCUUCAUUUUCUGUUAAUGCAUGAUUUUCUGUAAAGCUGCUUUGAAAUGAUGUGUGUUGUGAAAGGCACUAUACAAAUAAAAAUGACUUGACUUACUAUAAAGUUAAAGCAAUCCCUAAU